AGAUAUUUAUUCACUCUAUUACAGAAUUAUCUAAAAAUAGCUAUAAAAUAUAAAAUACCUAAAAGUGUUUUAAUUGAAAUAUAUUAGAAUGCGCAAAUUUUUAAAUUUUAGAAGGAAAAGGUAAUUUUUCCAAGAAACAUGAAAGCCUAAAACAACUUUAUUCUCUCUCAGAAUCAAGAUGUCUGCUCAAGAAACCGGGGAAGAGUAUUUUGGAAUUUGUAAACAGCUUGAUGAUUUGGCCAUCUGUAUACUUAAAACCUUGCAUGAGAUAAUAUCAGAACGUCAAUACUUAGAUGAUAAUUUAAGGGAGGGCUAUAUAUGUAUGGCUAAAUCACGUUAUUUAAUGAGAGGUCAGAAAAUAGAUAUACUCCAAGUAGAUACAUCAAACUUACAUGCUACAAAGAAAAUCUUUUGUGAACAUGAUACUAUUGAAAAAGUAGAAUUUUUAAAUUUCAAGAUUUUAGAAACUGAUCAAGUCAUAUUAGAUGCCAAUUGUAUGAAAUAUCGGUCUUCCCAAAUGUUGGAAAACAAACUUGGUCAAGAUUUUGAACAUUUGUCCAUUAAAAGAGGAAACAGUAAUAAUUUGACUGCAGAAAUUUCUGAGAAGGAGAAAGAAACUUCUUCUAACAACAAGGACAAGGAUCCAUUAUACUGGUUUGGUGUUUUAACUCCCGCGAGUUUAAAGAAAUGUCAAUCCCAUUUCCAACAAGCUGUAGCGACUGCAGCAAAAAUAGCAUCUUUACAAAGCCAGUUAAAGUCUUUUGCUAUUAAGUAUCGAGAACUGAGGAAAGGAAAAGAUAAUUUAAAAAAAGUCUGAAUGACAUUUAAUUUUCUAUAUUGUUUUAAUCAGAGAAAAAAGAAAUUUAAAAAGAUUUCAAAUAUUGUGCAAUUGUUAAUAGCUUCAUCCUUAUAUAUUUUCUAAGUGUAUACUUAGGAAAAUUUACUUCUAUUUAUUAUGAAAUUGUGACUUCUGAGAAGAGAACUUUCCUAUUCUGUUUUCUCUUAAUGUUUUAAAGAGCCUUUAAGGAAACUUGUACCUUUUUCGCAUUUGAGCAGCUGCUGUAUUCAAAUUUUUUUUUACAAAAUGAGUGAGAAUUGAGUGUUGGGAAGUCUUCUCAUUUUGUCUUAACAGCUGAUAUCUUAAAAUAUUUAAGUAAUAUAACUUUGUAUAGUGAUAUUUCAA